AUGAGACUGACAGACUGCAGAAUCAGUAACAGAGGAGUGUGAAGGUAUCAGAGCAGUAUUAAAUACAGGGAUAUUUCUUUAGAGCAUGAGGUCUACUUGGCAGCAGUCUUGGUAUGCUGUUCUGAGUAUGUUCCUGUGGGUGCCCUGGGCCUGGUGUGGCGUGGUGGAGGACUUUGACCAUGUGGAGCACUGUAAGGACUAUAUUUACAUGGGCAUACCACCACGGGGCUACCUGGCGGGCAGCAACCUGAAGAAGAUCUGCCAGAUCCUGGAGGACAACCCCCGAUUCGUCACCCUCUAUGACCCCCGCAGGCACAUGCCCCUCUACUCUGCAUACACCUUCAAACGGUCUGACGGGGAGAAGAGCAUGGACCAGCCCUGGAUGUACGAACCACAGCUGGCCUCCAGUAAAUCCAGCAGUAAUAUGGAGGUCUACCCACAGUCGUCUCAGAUGCACAUGCGUCUCAUGGACAGUCAGGCGGUGCUGGAGGACUUUACAGACGUGCCCCAGUAUGUGCGUGGCCAACUGAACCCAGACCAGCACCAGUUGGAGCCCCUCGACAAGGCAGCCACCUACACCCUGUCCAAUGUGGUGCCUCAGAUCAGAGAGUUCAACACUGGCCCCUGGGCCCAGCAUGAGGACCGUAUCAGACGACGCCUCAACAACUACUGCCGCGGCAAUGCCUAUGUCAUCACGGGAGUUACCUCGGCCGGGAACAUGAUUCGGCGAGACAACCAGGACCGUGUGGGCAUCCCAGAGUACAUGUGGACGGCCUACUGCUGUCCAGACUACGACCACAAUGCCCCCUACCUAGAGCGCUACCACUUUCCUGUGUUUGGGGCCUAUGGUCUGAAUAAUAGGGUCAACAAUGCUGUGGUGGAGGUGCCUAUCAAGACCCUAGAGACGUUUCUGAAGGGACGGUUGGACGUGGACAAGAACUACCAGAUCUUCUACAAUGACUGUGUGCUUGAUGACUUGUAGCAAUACUCGAAAAUUUUUGUCUAUAGCUGUAAUGGUGACGGACAUAAAAGCAAGGUUUUAGUAUUGUGGGAUCAAAUGGUACAUGGUGUGGAUGUAUUUAUUCAUACGUACACCAGAGGGAGCUUCUGUCAAACUUCUACGUUUACAUUGUAGUUACUGGCCCAAUGCUCAUAACCACUAGGCUACCUGCCAUCCACUACUUCUGUGGGGUUUAUUUAUUUUUUGACCUGCAUUUUUGUCUACU